AUGGCGAGCCCAGCGAGCCCAGGCCAGCUAGAAGCAGGUCAAGGUGAUGCGACGAUGAGUAUGCAGGAGGCCGUGCAGCAAAUGCCAGCGGCACCGGUUACUGAGCCAGCCCCUCAAGUGAGUGUUAAUGACGUGACCCAGCUUGCAGCUCUCGUGCAAGCUGCUUCGAGUGCGGCUGCCAGUGCUGCUAGUGCUGUGUCGCGCAUGCAGGAGCAGAAUGAGCGUGGGACUGAGCGACAGUACUCAGGCUAUACGGAUGCAGCGAAGGUUUUGAAGUAUCCUGAAGGCUUCGGUGGAGGUGAUUCUCACGAGGCGGACCUUGCCCGCUGGCAGGAGUUUGCGCACAGCUUUCGCUCUUGGAUCCUUUAUGCUGAGCCAGCUUUUGAGACUGAGCUGGAUAUGAUUGAGAAACAUCCCGAUGUUGUGAUCACCUUGGGUGAGAUGGCUCGUGCAACGGGUGUGCGCGCCCGCAGGCUCUACGCAAUCUUGUCAGGGUUGCUGAAGGGCAGGCCGUUGGUGAUGUUGAGAGCUGUUGAAGAGCAUAAUGGGUUUGAGCUUUGGAGGCAACUCAUUAGUGUGUACGCUCCACGCACGCGUGCACGCUCGUUGGCGCUAUUGAGCGCCUACAUGGCUUAUCCAGCCUUCGUGAAAGAGAGAAGCAUUCGCGAGCAGGUGAGUGCCCUCGAGAGGAUAUCGGAAGAGUAUCAAAAGGAUGAUGCUGAUGAUGACUGUGGAUUGUCAAGCAUCAGCCUUGAGGAUCAGUAUGACUGCCUUGAGGCCAUCAACGAAAUGUACCUGGGCCGAGGCCCACAGGUCAGGGCCAUCACGCAUGAUGAAGUGGACAUCAUACUUGAUUCCGGUGCUGAUGUGUCAGCACUUCCCUUGCGGUUCUCCAAUGUUGGAGUUAAGGACAGGUCUUCGAGCGGCAUGAGGUAUUCAGAUGCCCAGGGAAACCCUCUUCAGGUACGUGAGUUUCGCAUUGCUGAGGUGAGGAUCGGCCCGUGCCGGUUCUACGAGCGUUUUGCCCUGUCCAAUGUCACUCACCCUUUGAUCUGCCUUGGCAAACUGUAUCGUGCAGGUUGGUUUGUCCGCCCUGAGAGCAAUGUCUUGAAGCUGAGCAAUGACACUCACUCGGUCCCGAUUGGUUAUCGUCACCAGUCUUUCUGUGCACAGGGGACCAUUCGUAUGUUGAGUCGCAGUGAAACUGAUGCCAUGAUGAGCCAGAGUACUUCCGCGAUGCCCCGGAGCAUUGCACCGCAGUCAAGUCACAUGCCCCGGAGCAGUUCAACGCAGUCAGGUCACAUGCCCCAGAGCAGUUCAACGCAGUCAGGUCACAUGCUUCAGAGCAGUUCGACGCAGUCAGGUCACAUGCCCCAGAGCAGUUCGACGCAGUCAGGUCACAUGCCCCGAGGUGAUGGUGCUUCAUCAAGUUCAGGUGCAGAUGGUACUUGUGUGCAGCAAGGUUCAGUACCGUUGCAGGUCCGCGCAAUCGAGGUCACUUUAGGCGAGAAGCUGUCUGGUCUGAGCAACAAUCGUGGCUGGGUCAAGAUUGCGCCGUCGUGCUAUGUGUUGCGAUCGAGUGCUGCACACCACGUCAACACCACACUCGGUCCAUUUGACAACCUCAUGUGGAGGCGCACCACUUUGUGUCGCAGGUCAGAUCGCUGGUACCUUGAAGAGUUUGGAGAGGAUGUGAGUGCUCUUGCAGGCGAAGGCAACCUAGAGAAGCCGUUUGAUCCCGGCGAGCCCGUGCAGUCAUGCAUAACGUUUGCAUACAACAGAGCUGACAUGUCUCCUGAGGAGCUGGGUUUUUCGUAUGCAGGGGAUAAUUAUGGUGUCAUCCUUCCGGCUCCCGCGCCGGCUGCAGCAGCAUCGGCUGAUGAUGACAUGGAUUUGUCUCCUCCUGAGGUGCCUGUUGCACCACCUGCACCAGCCGCUGAUGGCUCACCAGGUGAAGCAAACCCUGUUCCGGACAGCCCAGAAGGUCAGUUGCCUGCUGAUACUGUCGUGAUUGAGGGCGUCAGGGUGACGAGUGAGUCUUCAGCUACAGUCCUCAGGGCCGCUUGCACUAGUUUGGGCUUGAGUAAGGCCGGUAAUCGCCGUCAGUUGUGGCGCCGCUUGACGAAUCACAUCAACUCGCAACAGCUGCUGAUUGAUAAGCAUGUCGAGGCCAAUUUGGCCAGCUCGAGGGCUCGUGAUCCGGUCACCCCGGCAGUAGCCUCCGAGCCUGAUGCGGCUACCAAGGCGCGUCACUGUCUGACGCAUGAGCCUUACGAGCCUUGGUGCGAGAUUUGCAUUCGCCACAGAGCACGCCAGGACCAGCAUGCAACUUCUGUGCCGCACACCUCUUCAGAGAAUGCUGUUGUGUCAUUUGAUUUUGGGUUCUUAUCGCGAAAGGGCCAGAGUCUUUUGAGCACGAAGCCUGAGGUCGGAGAGGACAGUUUGACUGUGCUAUUUUGCGUUGAUCGUGCGAGCAAAGCUGUGUUUGCCAUCCCUACGCAAAGCAAAGCAGGUGCUGCAACCUCGUUCUUGGUUACUGAGGCAGCCAGGUUCAUAUGCUGGUUGGGACACUCAAACGUCAAGUUGAAGUCGGACAAUGAGAGGCCGAUCCUUCAUGUCAUGCAUCAUUUGCAACGUGCCCUCCGAAGCUUGAACAUUGGAGUGACCUCUGAGACGAGCCCUGUGGGUUCACAUGAGUCCAAUGGCGAGGUUGAGCAAGCUUUGCAACGCGUGCGCCAGCAUGCGUGUGUUCUGAUUUCGCAGCUUGAGGAAGGUGCAGGCAUGACGAAGGAGGUGAUCAAGGUUGGUCACCCAUUGUUCCAGUGGUCCGUGCUGCAUGCUUGUUGGCUCCUCAACCGCUUCAGAGUCCUUCAGAAUGAAACUGCAUUUGAGCGGGUCAGGUCCUCGUCUUAUGAAGGCCGCAUCUGCCUCUUCGGCGAGCGGGUUAUGGGUUUCCUGCAAACAGCUAAAGCCUCAGCCCAGUGGAUCAAGGGAGUCUGGCUGGGCAAAACAUGCAGAAAUGAUGUGCACAUAAUCGGCACAGCUGCGGGAAUAUUUGUGACCCGCUCAGUGCGCCGUUUUGCAAAUCCGUGGGACCUUGACUUAGCCGUGUCAGUGGAGAAGUGUGUGUGGGAGCACGGCCUGGCAUCACUUGGGUCGCAGCUUGUGUUGGCCAAGCGUGUUGCACCGCCUGCACCGAUACCUGUGCCAGUUCCCGCUGAGGUUUCAGGUGGUCCAGUGAUUGCACCAGGUGAUGGUGACGGCAAGGAGGCUGCAGAUGAAGGAGCUGCAAGCCCAAGCGAAGUGGCGGGGACGGACCCCAGCAGUAGCAGUAGUAGCAGCUCCCGUCGCUCCAGUGAUGUUGCAAUGUCAAUCGGUGAUUCCUUCAUGUCAGUUGCAGAUGAGGGUGCCGGCGUCGGGUAUGUUGACAAUGGGGAACCGGGCCCUGGCGGGGAUGUGAACCGCGUGCAGCUCUCUGCCGCCUCGCUUGUGUGCCCAUUCUUCUUCCCUGGUGAGUCGAUCCGCGCUGUGCAUGCGUAUGGCCACGAGGAUGAGUCUCCUGAGUUGUGCUUUGAACCUGAGCUUGUUGAAGGGUUCGAGGAGGAUGAUCUCCAGGAUGAUGAGUGGGAAGAGCCUGAAGAAGUUGAUCUGACUGACUAUGAGCAAAAGCUGAUGUUCCCACGCAGCGGUGAUGACCCACCUUCAUUGUCCCAAGACAAGCUAGAUGAGAUAGAUUUGGUUGCUGAGUUUGUUGAGAUUGAGCGCCUUAAGAAGCUUUCAGUUCUCCUUGAUCCAAGCACUCUCGAUGGCCACAGUGCAGGUGAAGUGAAGCGCUUGACAACGCGCAUGGUCAAGGACUGGCGCGAGAAGGUACACCAGGGCAAGCCCAUAUGGUUGAGGCGCGCCAGAUACGUUGCAAGGGAGUUUGCAUGGUUGUGCGAACGGUCGGACACCUUUGCACCAGCUUCCUCAUGUCUCCUCAACCGACUUCUCCCGAUCUUGUACACCACAAGCACCGCUCCUGACAAGUGCCUGGUCGCUAUCGAUGUGUCAGAUGCCUUCCUCACAGUCGAUCAGACUGUGCCGACGGAGGUUGUGUAUCGCCCGACAGGUGGAGGUCCUGAGGUCAAAUUUGCUUUGGGCAAGCUGUUGCCAGGGCAACGUGAUGGAUCUGAGAAGUGGUAUGGCUCCUUCUUGCAGCACCUUAGUUCAAGCUUGAGUGUGGAGUCCUGUGAAGCCUAUCCUACACUUCUGAGGACCAAGGGUCUGGAAAGUGUGAUGCAGUUGCGUGUGGAUGACAUGCUGGCCUUCACUACAUUGAAGUACGCGAACAAUGAGCUUAAGCCCGCACUUCUUGCGAAGUACAAAAUUAAGUUCGAGGUGUUGCAGAAGCCAGGUGAUGUUCUCUGGUUCUUGAAACGCAAGUUGCACUUGGUCUCUGAGGACCAACUUCUGAUGAGCCCGCGUCCGAAGUACUUAGAAAGGCUCCAAAGACUUCUGAACAUCAGGCCUGAAGCCAAGAAGAAAACGCCACUUUUCAGCGAUCUUGAGAAGUUAGAUGGGGCCAAGCCAUUGAGCCCAGCAGAUGCCAAACUGUUCCGAUGUUGCGUCGGAGUGCUUCUUUAUGUUGCCCAUGAUUGCAUCGAUUGUCAGUAUAGCAUCAACAUGCUCGCGUCACGCAUGAGCUCGCCCACCGAGCUUAGCAUUGUGUGGGCAGUCUGCAGCCUCUUCGAGGGCACAUGGUCACAACAGGACACAGGGUUUCAGAUCAGUCGAAUGGCAGCGGUUGCCAUGGACGGUCCUGUGGAGGAGGAAUGGGCUGAUUUUGCGACGGCUUUUUUACGUGAGAUGCGUGAGAAGUCUUCAGCCUCCAGUCAAGGCGAUGAAGGGCAAUCUUUCAUCAUGCCUUUUGAAGAUGAAGAUGUUGAUCCUGGAGUGCCGCUGCUGCCUUCAGAUGACGACUCCUGGUGGGUGCAGAAGCUCAAGGAUCACACCCGGGAUUGGGAUCCCCGUGGCGGUAGCUCGAAGUCUCACGUCUCUGUGCUGAGUGCGUGCACUGGAGCCUUUGUGGAGGGCGUCGCUUUCAAGGAGCUUGGCAUCCCUUUCCAGACGACAUCCAUCUCCGAGCCGUGUGCGGAGUAUCGGUCCUUCACUCUGCACAACCACUCUGGAAUCUUCCAUGCCCACGAAACUAUUCGGAAGCAGAUUCAGGGGUGUGCGUGCACUCGUCAUCCUCACUCGGAGGCGUGCGUUGUUGAUUCCAGCCCGGCAUUCGCGUGCCUUGGCACACCGUGCAAGCCCUUCAGUGUCCAGAGGGCAAAACGUUUCAAGACUUCGCCGCAGGACCACAGUGCAUAUGCCAUCACAUUUACAGAUGCAGUCGAUUUUUUUGAAACCUUCACGCCAGUUACAGCAUGCUUCGAGAACGUCGAAGGCUUCGACAUGCCGGAUCGUUCACAGAAGGAUGGUUGUGACGACACUCCGAUGGAGAGGUUCCUGGCAGAAUUGAAAACGGCAAGCGUGCCGGUGGGCUACUUCCAUGCGGUUGUGCACUUGGACAUGGCUGACUGGUUGACCAUCGCUAGGAAGAGGACAUUGGCAGGGGGCGGGUCACUGGUGAUUGUCAUUUUGCUUUGCGCGCAUGUUGCUGACCUACUGCAUUGGACGGGCUGGAAGGGGCUCGAGAUGGCUCGAGCUGAGUUUGAGGAUGUUCGCCGAGGUCCUUUAAAGUUGAAGCCCAAACUUAUUGCUCCUAGCGGUCCUAGCUCCAUUCUAGGCCAACUGGGUCACUAUGCCAUCUCAUCUAGAAUCUAG